UAUCAUACGUGAUAACAGAUUCUCCAUCGACUGCCUGUAGCGAUACUGGCGAUAGUUUGCACGCCCGUCUCGUGUGAAUGCAUCAAUUCAGCAGCCGGCCAAGAAUAAUUUGAUGCUCUGAAAUUGCGUUUGGUUUAUUAGUCCUUUGCAAGUAUCGCAGCGAGCAGUGGUUCAGCUGGCCGCUCUGCCACGCGUUCGUACUCGACGUUAGCGAUGCCUUGAAGGAACAAUCUAUCAGGUAGAAACACAGGAACAUGCUGCGGAGUAAGCUGCCGGCCAGUGCCGGACAGCAAUCAGCCAUUGCACAUGUUCAACGGCAUUAUCUCUCCGUAUUGCUAACCCUUGCCAUCAUCUUCUUCUCACCAUGUGUGCAUGCCGAGACAAACUGCACCUUCGCAGGGCUUGAUGUGUAUGUGGUGAGCAAUGAGACGGUGUGUAGUGUUGGACGAUACCCGGACACCGCCGUUAUCCAGGGCACCGAGACAGACGUUUGCCGAGUAUGCGAUCCUGGAUAUUUUUGUGAGGGCUGGAACGUGACAAAGGAAGCAUGCCCUGCUGGCACUUACAAUCCACUUGCAGGACAAACAAACCGAUCAGCGUGUCUAGACUGUCCGUUUGGUUCGUAUAACCCCGGUGUGGGUGCGAGCACUUGCCUACGCUGUCCAUCAGGCUACGAGUGUGUGAACGCGAGCGUGACCGCUCCCGUCAACUGCACGGCGGGGCACUUCUACAACACAACGGACGUCAGCGCCGUGAAGUGCACGCCGUGUCCACGCGGGCACGAGUGUCCCUACACUUGGCAGCUGCCCGUACAAUGUCGCACUGGUUACUAUAGCAACAACGUAGGCAGUUGGACAUGUAGUCCAUGCCCGGCCGGAAGCCAGUGCAGUGAUGUCACGUCGGCACCCCAGCCAUGCGCGGCUGGGUACUACUCGACGGCCAACUCCACUCAGUGCCUCCAGUGCCCGGCCGGGGCAAAGUGCCCGAGAAUCGGGUGGGACAACCCGGAGGAGUGCCCCGUGGGAAGAUACUCGUUCAAUGGCUCAACUGAGUGCACAAACUGUCCGCCAGGUUACUACUGUCCAGCACUUGCUAUGGAGGCUCCGCUGCUGUGCCCGAACGGCACGUACACAAACACCAGCGGACAGUCGGCGUGCGCAGUGUGCGAGGCCGGGCGUCAGUGCAUGAGCCGCGCCGCGUCCGUGCCCUGCUUGGCGGGCACGUUCAGCACCGGCGGAGCGGACGUGUGCGGCGUGUGUCCGCCGGGAACGCACAGUGGUGACGCGGCGCACUCCUGCACACCAUGCCCGGCCGGCAGCGAGUGUGCUAAUCCCGCUCAGCUGCCGGUGGCGUGCCAGACCGGUUACGUGUCCGACAACAGCUCGGUCAAGUGUGCUCUAUGCCCGGCAGGUCUUCUAAGCUCAGCAGACCAUGCAGUGUGCAUAUCGUGUCCAGCUGGAUUCUCCUGUGCUGAUCCUAGGCAUGGCGGUGGAAUACCUUGCCCGUCUGGGUACUACUCGCCCGAAGGACAAACGGUCACAUGCUAUCCUUGCCCGGCGGGGAAAUCCUGUGCUAAUGCCUCGGCCGCUCCACUUGAAUGUCCGCUAGGCACGUACUCUGCAGCUCAGGCAUUGGAGUGUACACAAUGCCCGGCUGGUUCAGAAUGCACCAAUUCCAGUGCAUCACCAGUGGCUUGUAAACCAGGGUGGUACAGCAUAGGAGGAGCCAUGCUAUGCACGGAGUGUGCCGCCGGCUUCCACUGUCCAUCACCAGGAACGGCUCAGCUGACAUGUGCACCGGGAACGUACUCUGUAGCGGCUGCCACGGCGUGUUCGCCGUGCAUAGGCGGCAGCAUCUGUCCCAACCCGGCAUCCUCCCCGCUGUCUUGUCAGGCGGGCAUGUACACAGACAGGACGGAGAACGCCACCCAGUGCCUUCCGUGUCCGGUGGGGUCGCAGUGCCCGAACACUCACGGUCGUCCGGUUCGCUGCACGGCGGGCCACUACUCCGACGCCAUGGCUACCAGCUGUACAAUAUGUCCGGCAGGCUCGCAGUGUCCAGAUCCUACACAGAAAAUAGACUGCCCAUUGGGCUAUGUUUCAAAUAUCGGAGCUGUCAGCUGUACUCGCUGCCUACCCGGUACCAUCUGUCCAGCCCUUGCACCCGGACAAGUACGCGCUCUAACGCUGAUCACCCAAUGCCUACCCGGCACGUACUCGCUGACAGGAGAAGAGGCGUAUUGUCUGCCGUGUUCCGCCGGUACAGCCUGUACGAAUACCAGUGGUGGUGUUGUGAUAUGCCCGCCGGGUACCUACUCCCAGCCCGGCGCAGCGGAAUGCACCACUUGCCCACCCGGGUACAGUUGCCCGCUUGCCAGUCUUAUUCCGACCAAGUGUCCAGCCAGCACAUACAGCCUUGGCAAUGCUCUCCAGUGUACGGAGUGUCCCGAUGGAUACUUCUGUAACAAGACCCACGAAGCCCCUGUUGCCUGUCCUGCUGGUAGCUACUCACCUGGCAAUGCCACCGAGUGUACGGAGUGUCCCGCUGGAUACUACUGUCCACAUGCAUCUCUGGAGGAGCCCAUCCCAUGCCUGGCAGGUCGAUAUGCCGAAGGUGCAGCUGCUUACUGUACGCCGUGUCCACCUGGGUACCGUUGUCCAAACGCCACCUAUGCACCUGAGUUCAAUGGCAGUGACCUGUGUCCUCCGGGGACAUACUCGUUGGAGAACUCCACACGCUGUACAGACUGUCCGUGCGGGCAUUCAUGCGAGACGUCCAACGAAGCGCCGAUACCCUGCGCUGACGGCACCAUAGUGACCGCUAGCAACGCCACCGAGUGCUACGGUUGCGCUGCCGGCUACUAUUGUGCACCGAACAAAUGUGCUCAGUAUCUCUGUGCGGUUGGCUUCUAUUCAUACGGUCGCUCUCUCAGCUGUUCGCCGUGCAACCCUGGCUUUCUGUGCGACAAUCGCUACCGCCCACAGACCGAGCCCGAGCCGAAAGACUCGUGCCCGCAGGGAGGCUGGUGCGAUGGCCGGGCUUUCCACCACUGCCCGCCAGGCACCUAUUCCAACACUAGUGGCUUGACCAGCGGUGAUCUACGCACGAGCGAGAACGACACGUGCGUCCGCUGUCCCGCCGGGUACUACUGCACCGGACCCGGGGCGACCUCGUACCUGGAGUCGCCCUGCCCAAUGGGGUACUAUUGCCCGGAGGGCACGGUGAGAGAGUCGCAGUUCCCCUGUCCGGCCGGGACGUACAAUCCUGAUGAGCGUCAGACAGAGCUUGUCGUUGGCUGUCGUCACCGCUGUCCUGAAGGGUACUAUUGUCCGCCGGGUACGGGGAAUGAGUCGACCUGGGAAGUGUGCCCCAGAGGGUACUACUGCCCGGAGGGCACCCCCACCGGGAACGCCAACUCCUGCCCGCUGGGAACGUAUAGCGGUGUGACUGGACUGAGCAACUCCAGUGCUUGCCUGACCUGCCCAGCCGGCCACUAUUGCCCCGACGGCAGUGCCAUGAGAGCUAGUACAACACCCAUACCGUGCCCGCCUGGACGCUACAAUCCCAACACUGGUGCUGGUCACGAGUUCAACUGUCAUCACUGCCCGGCUGGUAUGGCUUGCCCUGUCACCGGCACUGUAACACCCAACACCACAUGCUUCCAGGGGCAUUACUGCCCCAAUGGGACCGUUACCUCCGACCAGUUCCCUUGCCCACCCGGCUCGUUUACAGGCUCGACGAAUUUGACUGCCGCCGAGGAGUGCACGGCAUGUCCUGCCAUGCAAGCCUGCGGCUGGGCAACCGGGGUGGACACGAACCCCAGUUUGCCCUGCAAGCCGGGACACUAUUGCCCCAAGGGCACGCCAGCAGUGGACCGGUUCCCGUGCCGACCGGGCACAUACUCCAACCGUUCUGACCUGGUGUCCGCCGACCAGUGCUUCUCAUGCCCGGAAUCUUAUUACUGUUUGAGCGGUGGAGCUGCUCCGAGCGAUGCCUGCCAGCCGGGUUAUUACUGCCCAAGCGGGACGAAAUUUGCCGACGAGUUCCCUUGCCCAAUGGGCCGUUACAACCCGGAUCAUGGUCAGAGUGACGUCACGGCUUGUCUGUAUUGUACACAAGGUCAUUAUUGUGAGAAGGGAUCGGUCCAACCAGCGGCAUGCGCACCUGGGACGUACAUGCCCGAAGGUGUGUACCCAGCCGGCCACGCUCUAAACGGCACCCUUCUCGGCCAGGCGGCCGGAAACAAGUCUGAAUGCAUCACGUGCCCGGCGGGGUACCUGUGCGGGGAGGGGACAAUCACCCCUGUCCCGUGCGGCCCUGCCCGCUUCUCCAGCGCGGGCCGUUCGGCGUGCGACGACUGUCGUCCGGGGCACUAUUGCAACGGGACGAACACGACGGAGGCCGUGAUGUUGCGUAACAACCGCUGCCCAGCCGGCAGCCUAUGCCCCCAGGGUCUUAACACCCUGGAUGACUCUCUGCCCUGUCCUGCUGGAUUCUACUGUCCAGAGGCCACUGCCCUGCCCGUGGCAUGUCCCGUCGGCACGUUCAACCCGCUGCUCUCCCAGCAGACCAUCUCCGACUGCAGGGCAUGCCUGGCCGGGUUCUUCUGCCUGGAGAACACAACCAGCCCCACUCAGGUCUGCGACCCCGGCUUCUACUGCCCGACAAACAUCACGAAUGGGCAGACCGGCCUGAAAAUCGGGUCCUACGGCCCCAAGCAGGUCCCGUGCCCAGAAGGCACCUACACCAGCAACUACUCCAGCGGAUCCGUGGCCGACUGUCUGACGUGCCCAGCCGGGAACUAUUGCCCUCGGGGUAGUAGCCAACCGCUCGACUGCCUCAGAGGGUACUACUGUCCGGACGGGGUGGGGGCCAGCGUGCCGUGUCCCAUCGGUAGCUAUGGCAACAGCACCGGCUUGAUGGUGCGCGAAGACUGCAGCGACUGCAACCCAGGCUACUAUUGUGAUGGCCAAGGGAUGGCCUCGUCCCGGGGGCCAUGCAACCCGGGGUACAUCUGCACAUCCGGGGCGUACACGUCCACGCCGAACGAUGGCACUACGGGACAGGUGUGUCCGGCUGGUGGGUACUGCCCGGAGGGUUCAAGCACAAGUCUGCCGUGUCCUCGCGGGACCUUCUCCAACACGUCAGGUUCAACGAAUUUCUAUGAUUGUGUCCCGUGCACCCCGGGCUACUAUUGCCAAAACGCCCGCGGACCGGAGCCGAGUGGCCCGUGUGAAGCCGGUUACUACUGCACGGGUGGUGCGACCCAGACCCGACAGCGGGUCGCAGAGCCGGGGUUCUACGCCCCGGAGGGCUCGGCCCAGCAGAUCCCAUGUCCGGUGCGCACCAGCAGCAACGCCAGUGCCCAGGCUGCCUGCGACCCGUGCCCGCCCGGGUACUACUGCCCCGACCCGGGGAUGUUGGCCCCGCUACCGUGCGGCAUUGGACAGUACUGCCCGUCGGAGUCUGACCGGGGUCUGCCCUGCCCGCCCGGAACAUACAGCCCCGAUGUACGCCUGGCCAAUGAAACAGAUUGCCGUGACUGCCCACCGGGUCAGUACUGUACUGGGGGUGAGAGCGCACCAUCGGGAAAUUGCUCCGCAGGACAUAUCUGCUUUUCACGCAACGACAAGAAGACACCCAGCAGACUAAGUCGCGGUUCUGACGUGCGUCACCCGGGCGACCUGUGCCAGGAGGGGUACUACUGUCCCGAGGGCACGGCCCUGGAGGUGCCCUGCCCGGCAGGGACAUACAGCGGAACGACGCAUCUCUCCAUGGAGUCCGAGUGCCUAGUGUGCGAAGCUGGACAGUACUGCAACACGACCGGCUUGAAGGCACCGCAAGGUCACUGCGCGCCGGGCUACUUCUGCCUGUCAGGCUCAUCAUCAGCACAGCCGCUCAACCAAACGUUUGGUGACAUCUGCCCUGUCGGCAGCUACUGCCCAUCGGGUGCGCAACAGGCUCAACAAUGUGCCUACGGAACCUAUUCCAACGUUACCGGUCUCGACGCUUGCCUCGACUGUCCGCCUGGAUUCAACUGCGAAGCGGGCACCGUGAGCCCCAACCCCUGCCCCCUGGGGUACUACUGCCCCGGGUUCACAGUGGCCAGCACGCCCCAUGUGGUGGCGUGCCCCGAGGGGUUCUUCAACCCGCGCACCGGGAUAGUGAGCGCUGACGACUGCACGCCCUGUACCGGUGGUCACUACUGCGUGGGCACGGCACGCCACAACGAGAGCGGCCUCUGCACCCCGGGCUUCUGGUGCGGCCGCGAGGCCAUCGUGCGCAGCCCCAGCGUUGGAACGGACAAGUUCGGUGCGUGCAACGCCGGACACUACUGCCCGCAGGGGAGCACGGCGCCGAUUCCCUGCCCCACGGGCACGUAUCGUCCGGAGCUGGGCGGCACAGGCAUCGACUCGUGUCGUCCCUGCACUGCCGGACAGUACUGUGGCCAAACGGCGUUGACAAGUCCCAGUGGUGACUGUCUGGAAGGCUGGUAUUGCAGUGAAGGCAGUCAGGAAUCUACACCCGGUGAUCUAAGGUACUCGCUCAACACAUCCUAUGCUGCGGCUGAGUCAGGUGAUGGGUCCGGUAGCGUUACAGAGAUACUAGCCCGGAACGUGACCUACGGGGCAAUCUGCCCAGCCGGCCACUACUGCCCUACCGGGUCAACGCGGCCGACCCCAUGCCCAGCAGGUCACUACGCUAACUAUACAGAGCAGGCUGCCUGCACUAUUUGCCCUGCCGGGUACUUCUGCACCGGUGGGACAAUCAACCCGCUCCAGUUCCCAUGCCCGAUGGGGUACUAUUGCCCGGCCGGCUUGAAUCAAAGUGACUUUUAUCCGUGUGCUGCGGGAACGUUCAACAAUCUGCUAUCGCGUAGCGGUGUUCAGGACUGCACUUGGUGUACAGGAGGGUUCUAUUGUGACACGCCGGGACUUGCAAACCCAAGUGGUAGCUGCGAGGCCGGAUUCUUUUGCCCGACACGGUCGACCAGCAGCAGGGCAUCGACCUGCAGCACCGGUCACUACUGCCCGGCUCAGUCACCCGCCCAGCUACCCUGCCCGCCGGGGCACUACUGUUCGGGCGCGGGCCUUUCGACCCCGACUGGAAACUGCUCUUCGGGCUUCUACUGUGUGUCGACGUCGUCAUCUGCCGAACCCGUUGACGGUGUAACGGGUAACAUCUGUCCCCUGGGGCAUUACUGCACCGAGGGCAGCGGUAAUCCCACGGCUUGUGAUCAUGGUAGCUACGCGCCCAACAACGGCAGCAAGAGUGCGUCCGACUGCGUCCAGUGCCCGGCAGGGAAGUUCUGCUCAAGCGUGGGGCUCGGUGCCCCGGUCGGGGACUGCGAGGCCGGGUACUACUGCCCACCAGGGCAGAACAGCAGCAUGCCCGAGGAGUACAUCUGCCCGGCCGGUCACUUCUGCACCGCACGUCUCGGCGACCCGGUACGCUGCCCGGACGGGCAGUAUCAGAACGAGACAGGGCAAAGCGCAUGUGACCCGUGUCCUGCCGGUUACUUCUGCACGAGCUCUGUAUCGCCGGUGGUGUCCUAUGAACUGUUUGAGUGCCCUGCUGGAUAUUACUGCCCAGCUAGUACGCCGUACUCCACACGCUAUCCAUGCCCACUGGGAACAUUCAGCAACUUGACAAUGCUGACACAAUCAGCCAACUGUACACCCUGCACGGCUGGCAAGUACUGCGGUACGCCAGGGCUUUCGGAACCGGAGGGUCUCUGCUCGUCUGGCUUCUACUGCAUCAGUGGCAGCUCUCAGUCAACGCAGGCACAGUGCCCCCAGGGAUCGUACUGCCCGGAGGGUUCGGCCCUGCCCGUUCCCUGCCCUGCCGGUACGUUCAGCAAGGACCUGCAGCUGGCCAACGAGUCUGAGUGUCGCCCGUGUCCCGGUGGUCAGUAUUGUGCGACGUCGGGAUUAACGGCCUCUACGUUCUACUGUGCAGCCGGGUACUAUUGUCCCGAGGGUAGCAGGGCAGCUCACGCCCAACUGCUUGCUUGCCCUGCUGGUAGGUUCUGCCCGCUCGGCACCGCCACACCACGACCGUGUCUGACAGGUACGUUCUCCAAUCGCACACACCUGUCGUCCACCGAUCAAUGCACCCCGUGUACUGGCGGCCAGUACUGUGACGACACGGGCCUCUUGUCCCCGACCGGACCCUGCGAUGCCGGGUACUACUGCCCGAACAGCAGUGAUACCUCUGCCCCGGACCAGUACCAAUGUCAGCCCGGGUAUCAGUGCCCCGUUGGCUCUUCAUCGCCUCAGCCAUGUCCGGACGGAACGCACAGUCAGCAAACCCGUACAGUGUCCUGCCCGUCAUGCCCCGAGGGUUCGUACUGCCCCACGGGCACAUCAACCCCGCCCAGCUGCCCGGUCGGUCAAUACUGCCCGGCCGGUACCGGGACAGUGCGUAUGUCUUGCCCACGUGGGACAUUCCGUUCCUCACCAGGUGCUGGAAGUCAAUCAGACUGCAUACCGUGUAGCGGUGGUUCCUACUGUGCCGUUGAUGGACUAACAACUCCCACUGGACUCUGCGAUGCCGGGUAUUUCUGCAGGUACGGUAGUGACCGCGCAGCGCCAGCCAACUCCGUGUCCAACAUGACGACUGGGUUCAGUAAUGACUCCAUGUGCAUCACGCUGCAAGGUCAGCCGCUCGGCGAUUCCGGAGUGUGUCCCCGGGGCCACUACUGCCCAACGGGAACGGCCCACCCGCUGCCCUGCCCGUCCGGGAACUAUAGCGCCAGCGUGGGUCAGAGCGAAUGUACCGAGUGUCCGGCCGGGUAUUAUUGCCCGAACGGGACAUCGGACUACGAGCCGUAUGGAUGCCCGGAGGGUCACUACUGCCCGCCUGGAACUCAGUACGGUGAACAGUUCGCAUGUCCUGCGGGUACAUACAGCAAUGCAUCUGGUGGAGCAGCUCUCGCUGACUGCGUGUCCUGUGAUCCCGGCUACUACUGCAUGCGAUCUGGCCUGUCCCAGGUUUCCGGGCCGUGCGACCCCGGGUACUAUUGUACCUCGCGGGCAACACAGACCCGACCGGCCAUCACCACUGUCACGGGAGGGCCCUGCCCGAUUGGAAACUACUGUCCGAGUGCAUCUUCCUCGCCAACGCCAUGCACUGAAGGCUAUUACUGUGGAACGACACGACUGGGAAGUCAAUCAGGUCUCUGCAAGGCCGGAUACUUCUGCGAGAUCGGAUCGCAACGGGAAGAUCCACCGGCAGGUCUUUGCCCGGCCGGGCACUAUUGCCCAGAGGGUAGCUCGACGGCGCUGAUGUGCCCACCUGGUACCAUAUCGCCGAGCACCGGCAAUGCGAACCUCUCCAACUGCUUGCCGUGCCCGGCCGGUCAAUAUUGCCAACUGUACGGACAGACGGCGGCGGCUGGUGAAUGCCAGGUCGGGUAUUUCUGCCCUGGGGGUCAGCGAUCUUCAACAUCACCGCUGUACGCGUGCUCUCCGGGUCACAAGUGCCCCAAUGGCAGCAGAUAUCAGAUAGUCUGCGCACAGGGACAGUACCAGGAUCAGGUGCAGAAAGGUGACUGCAAGCUAUGCCCUGCGUCGUACUACUGCGACUCAUCAAUUAUACCCGUCUCCGACUUUGCCCCCUUCGUGUGUCCGGAGGGGCACUUCUGCCCGGUCGGAACCCGGUACGCCACCGAGCACAAAUGCCCGGUCGGGACGUUCUCGAAUUCGUCUGGCAACACGGUUGUAGAGGAUUGCCUUCCCUGCUCCGCCGGACACUACUGCAAUAAGACUGGUCUGGCGGAGCCUGCAGGACGGUGUGCUGCGGGGUAUUUCUGCAGGUCGGGUGCUCAGUCCAGAACGCCUACUCACAGCCCCGUUAAUGCAAAUGUCUGCCCGGCUGGUAGCUAUUGCCCGGAAGGGACUAACAACCCGACUCUGUGCCCUGUUGGGACUUUCAACCCAUCGGUGCUUCAGAACUCUCUGGAUAGUUGUCGUAACUGCACUGGCGGGUCCUAUUGUAAUCAAACUGGUCUAUCAUCGCCCAGUGGACAGUGUGAAAGUAGCUACUACUGUGACACCGGUGCCGAGAAUCCUAGUUGGCAGGAGUGUCCGCCGGGCGCUUACUGCCCCGUGGGUACGGCCCUGCCCGUCCUGUGCAGUCCGGGGACGUACAACCCCGACCGGCUGGGCGGAAACGCCUCAGCCUGUCGCCCGUGCUCCGCCGCGUUCCACUGUAGCGUGUCGGGAUUGUCAGCGGCGUCCGGAGUGUGCACCCCCGGGUACUACUGCCCUGCCGGCUCGUCCUCAUCCCGGCAGCACAUCUGCCGACCCGGUCUGGUGUGCCCACACGGCCUCAGUCCCAGCGAACAGAGCUGCGCGGCCGGGACGUUCACAAACGCCUCGGGACAAGCGAACUGCACGCAAUGCCCUGCCGGAUUCCAAUGUUUGCCGGUAAGUCCGUCAGCCUACGGACCAGCCUAUCAAUCUUGUCCGGCUGGUAGCUUCUGUCCAGCGGGUACCGGGUUUGAUGUACAGCCAUGUCCCAGUGGUACCUACAGCUCUGACACAGGACUGAGCAGCUCCAACCAGUGCCUUCCAUGUGACCCUGGCAUGCAUUGCAACUCAACUGGGUUGACUAGCCCCGCAGGUAACUGCACUGCCGGGUUCUUCUGCGCGUACGGUGUCAACACGCCAACACCAUUGUCAAAUCUGACGUUCACCGCAACGGUCAACGACACUUGUGAAUCUACCAACGUUGCCACCGCAACUGGGUAUGGAGGCAUAUGCCCCGUAGGUCACUUCUGCCCAUCCGGUACCGACCUGCCCGUUCCCUGCCCGGCUGGGACCUACACUGACAGUACGGGUCAAGCGGACUGCAAUCCGUGCCCCGACGGUUUCUAUUGCCUGCGUCAGAGCAGCGGCUUUUCAUCCAGCCCAUGUCCGGUCGGGCAUUACUGCCCCACAGGGACACGGUACGGCAUCCAGCACCCAUGUUCUGCCGGAACGUAUCAACCAGCGGUGGGAGCAAGAAACUCAACAUCAUGCUUGAGCUGCACGCCAGGAAAGUACUGCGCUACCCCGGGCCUUGAAGUGCCCACGGCUGACUGCAGCCCAGGCUGGUACUGCACGUUGGGGAGCUCACUGGCUAACAGUACUCUGAACGGAGGUCGCUGCCGAGUCGGAACGUUCUGCCCGGCUGGGUCUGCCUCCGAAGUGUCCUGCACUCCGGGCUCCUACUGCGCUUCGCCAGAGUUGCCUUCUCCGACUGGUCUCUGUGCGGCUGGGUACUACUGCACCGGCAAUGCCUCGUCAGCCACACCGUACAGCGGGGCAACGGGCAGUAUGUGUCCGCAAGGUCACUACUGCCCGAGGGGAAGCGCCCGGCCCGAGCCCUGCCCGGCUGGUACGUAUCUUAACAGCGAAGGAAAUUCCGAUCUCUCGCACUGCUUGAGCUGCCCCCCAGGAAAUUACUGUGCUACAAGUGGUCUCAGUCAGUCCACUGGAUUCUGUGAUGAGGGCUAUUAUUGCCCAGGGAAUCAGAGUUCCAGUCAUCCGGAUGAUUUCGUAUGUCCCGUGGGGUAUUAUUGUCCUCAGGGCAGCGACGAGAGUAUCAUCUGCCCGCCAGGAACGCAUCAGCCACUUCAGGGACAGUCGAACUGCACCCAAUGCCUUGCGGGUCAUUAUUGCGAUAGCGCUGAGGGUGUGGUCACUGUGGGUUCCAGUACCCGUUGUUCACCCGGGUACUAUUGCCCUGUUGGUACACCACGCAGCAACCAGUACCCCUGCCCGCCUGGUACCUACAGUAACAACACCGGUCUUGUCCGGUCCACCGAGUGCCUCGCAUGUCUGCCCGGGUACAUCUGCCCCGACCCGGGGACUGUGUACCCGGAUGUGCUGUGCCCGGCCGGUUACUUCUGUCGAAGGUCUGGUAACUCGUCAGCUCCUAACCAGGGCAUGGACGCCAACAUCUGCCCUCCUGGUUACUUCUGCCCUGUCGGAACGCAAGAACCUGAACCAUGCGAACCUGGAACAAUAUCAACAUAUUCUGGCCUUGCGAACAGCAGUCAGUGCACGUCAUGUCCUGCAGGUCGCUACUGCAGUGUUCCCGGGCAGACCAACCACACGGGUAGUUGCCAAGAAGGGUAUUACUGCCCGUCCGGCUCGUCUAGUGCGACCCAGGUCCAAUGUCCCAUGGGCGCUUACUGCCCGGGCACAUCCGCCAGUCCAGUGGACUGUCCAGUUGGGACGUUUUCGACCUCUCUCAAUCUUGUAGCACCGGAAGACUGCAAUCUGUGCACGGCUGGAAUGUUCUGCAACACGUCCGGACUCAUUACUCCGUCGGGUCCGUGCCGCGAAGGCUUCUUCUGUCCAUCGGGUUCUUCAAAUGCGGCACCGUUCGAGUCCGUGUGUCCGAUCGGCACGUUCUGCCCGGGCGGAUCAUCGUCCCCGCUGACGUGCCGUAACGGCUCUCACACGUCCGUGCCCGGAUCGGAAAUCUGUGUGGACUGCCCGGCCGGCUGGUAUUGUCUGAAUGGUAUGCUGACUGGCCUGUGCCCAGCCGGAUUCUACUGUCCAAUGGCUACUGCCGCAAACUGGCAACCGUGUCCACGAGGUACGUACAGCCAGCAGUCGGGUCUCAGUGCUGUGGAUGAAUGCUCUUCCUGCGACGGCGGAUCAUUCUGUGCUAUCGUCAAUGCUACAUCUCCGACGGGGCUUUGCAUGGCUGGGUAUUACUGUGAGUCGGGUGUGGACCGGCCUGACCCAAGCUACAACACGAACGGCUCAUCGGUCAACACCUCUCUGAUGUGCCCACUGGAUGCUGGAUUCCGGGGUAAGGGCGGGGUGUGUCCUGUAGGGCACUACUGCCCGACGAACAGCACCGUGCCCGCACCAUGCCCCGCAGGAACGUUUGCCAACACCACUGGCCUGUCACUGUGUCAUCAGUGUCCGCAAGGGUUCUACUGCCAGGCGGCUACAUCCCGGUAUGACCUGACCCCCUGCCUGUCUGGGCAUUACUGCCCGGUCGGGACGGGUGCUUCAACGGACUACCCUUGCCCUGCCGGGACUUACAACCCAGACUCUGCGGCCACUGGAAAUGUCUCGUGUGCGGCGUGUACGCCGGGCAUGCAUUGCAGUGGAGAAGGCAACUCCGAACCCGAUGGAAACUGUUCAAGUGGCUACUACUGUCGACUGGCGUCUGCAUCACCUACCCCGUCGCGGUCGGAGUCGGGCGGCCCAUGUACCGGAGGCGAGUACUGCCCCGAAGGGUCAAGUGGCCCCUUGCCCUGCCCGGGUGGUCAAUACUGCUCCGGGGACAUGCUCUCUCAGCCAAGUGGUGACUGCAUGCAGGGAUUCUACUGCACACGUGCGUCAACGCGUCCCGAUCCCACCGACAACACAACUGGGAAUGUUUGUCCUUCGGGGCACUAUUGCCCCAAUGGCACGUCCAUCCCACGACCUUGCCCCGCUGGCACGUAUCUUAACAGCACUGGCAACACCGAGCUGGAGGACUGUCGCCCGUGCACGCCGGGUAGCUAUUGCGCCGGUCCGGGACUUUCGACCCCGACCGGUAUAUGCAACGGUGGGUACUAUUGCCCGAGUGGCAACAAUGUGUCAUCGCCUGUGGCCACGCCGUGUCGACCCGGGUACUACUGCCCUGCUGGUUCGUCUUCUCCAUUACGCUGUGCCUCCGGUACGUAUCAAGACUCGACUGCACAGUCCAGCUGCAAGCAAUGUGUGCCCGGAUUCUUCUGUGAUGCGCGUCACGCACCGAUCGUGCUGGACGGGAAUUCGACCUGCCCACCCGGGUACUAUUGCCCGGCCGGUACAACCCACGCCCUGGAGCAUCCGUGCCCGCGGGGAACGUUCAGCAACCGAUCGGGUCUCAAUGCCAGCGAGCAAUGCAUCAAGUGCCUGCCCGGUCAAUACUGUCAUGAACUGGGAUCCACCGAGCCAGCCGGUCCGUGCGAUGCUGGCUACUUCUGUUUGCUUGCUUCCCAGUCUGCCACACCUGCUCAAGGACCUGCGGAAGGAGACGUUUGCCCCGUAGGUCGUUAUUGCCCAAGCGGAACAGCUACGCCCAUCCCAUGUCCACCACGCACCUACUCCAAUACGACAGGUCUGGUGAAUUCGUCCGAGUGUACGCCGUGUGACGCGGGUAGGUAUUGCAAGAUGUCGGGACUAACGCAACCCACUGGACACAGUGCGGCAGGAUUCUACUGUCCACAAGGCUCGGCAUCGCAAACAGAACAACCAUGCUGGGCCGGUUCGUACUGCCCAACGGGUACACCAACCCCGAUGACCUGCCCACGCGGUACGUUCUCCUCUUCCACCCAACUGAACUCUUCCGAGCAAUGUACCCGUUGCACUUCCGGCUGGUACUGUUCUGGCCCGGGACUUACGGCCCCGACUGGGCCGUGCGACCCGGGGUACUUCUGCCCAGGUGGCGACGAUCACGCUCGACCAUUUGCCUGCUAUGCGGGCCACCAUUGCCCUGGAAACAGCACACGUCCUCUGCCAUGCCCGGCUGGAACUGUCUCAAACACUACCGGCAACGCAAUAUGCAUGGCAUGCCCGACUGGCCACUACUGUGUUGGUGGCAGCCACCAAGGUCGGUGUCCAGCCGGCUUCUACUGCCCCGAGGGUACGGGAGUCAACUGGAGGUCUUGUCCGCGUGGGACGUACAGCGAAACUGAGGGUCUCUCCCAAGCAUCCGAGUGUCGAUCCUGUGAUGGAGGAGCGUUCUGUGCAGAGCUGAAUGCAACUGCUAUCUCCGGUCCUUGCCAGGCCGGCUAUUACUGUACAGCAGCCGUGCAGACACAACGACCAACCGUGUCGAACUCCAGCUGCUUGACAAACGGAGAUGGAGACGUGUGCCCAGUGGCUCACUACUGCCCUGUGAACAGCACGUCACCGCGGCAAUGUGAACCGGGUACGUAUGCCGAUGUGCCCGGACUUGCGGCCUGUCGCCUCUGCCCGGAGGGUUUCUACUGCGAGGCAAUGACGGAAUCGUUUUCAUCGACACCGUGUGCUCCCGGUUGCUUCUGCCCUGCUGGCUCGAGCACGGCAUGUCCACAGCUGUGCCCCGUGGGCACGUUCAGAAACUCGACUGGCGCUCGCAAUGAAUCCGACUGCCUGCCCUGCACCCCAGGACACUACUGCCAGGACCCGGGACUUUCGACCCCGACCGGACCGUGCGACGCGGGCUGGUUCUGCACACUGUCCGCCACCAGCGCCGCCCCGAAGAACGCGACCGGGGCAGAGUGCCCGCCCGGGACGUACUGCCCCGAGGCCUCUGCACGACCGCAACUGUGCACGCCUGGUCACUACUGCGCAAGCCGUCGUCUGGCUUCGCCCUCGGGACCUUGCCAAGCUGGGUACUACUGUGUAAUUGCUGGCGUAUCAGCCACACCGAUGAACAGUGCUACUGGUAGCGUAUGCCCAACUGGAGCUUACUGCCCGGAGCGGUCCCACACACCUACCCUUUGUCCGGAUGGCACGUUUACGAACGUGACGGGCGGCAGAGGACUUGAUCAUUGCGAAGCCUGCACCUCCGGUUCCUACUGCGGCUCCUCAGGUCUGUCCGCCCCAACCGGCUUCUGUCAAGCAGGGUACUACUGCGAACGCGGCAGCACGCUGGCCAUGCCAACCAACGGGACCUGCCCCAGCGGGCAUUACUGCCCCAUUGGGUCCGGGUCCCCGGUACGAUGCCCACCCGGUCAGUACCAGAACUCGGACGGACAAUCUGCGUGCAUCCCGUGCCCGGACGGUUUCUACUGCGACACGUCUCUGGAGCCGGUCGUCGAAUACGGUUCGUUUACGUGCCCCAGCGGGUAUGUUUGUCCCCUGGGCACAUCCCUGGCGACCGAGCACCCGUGUCCCGUAGGUACGUACAGUAACAUGACCGGACUGAACUCCACCGCACAGUGUUUGCCGUGCCGGCCAGCUAUGCACUGCAACACCCCAGGACUCAGCGAACCCAGCGGCCUCUGUCAGCCUGGCUACUUCUGUUCGCACGCUGCGCAGAGAGCAAACCCGGAUCAACUGCCCAGCGCCGGGCUGUGUCCCGAAGGAAGAUUCUGUCCCGUGGGCACCAGCGACCCGACCCCAUGCCCCAAGGGUACGUACUCCAACAUCACGGGUCUUAUGUCCCAGGGCGACUGCCUCUCGUGCCCGGCUGGCAUGUACUGCGAUAGGCAAGGUCUGGUGAAUCCGAGCGGUCCUUGCGAUACAGGUUUCUACUGUGAUAAGAAUGCCACGAUGUCCGCACAUCUUCCCUGUCCGUCUGGCCACUACUGCCCGUCCGGAACGGGUUCCCCAGUGCCCUGCCCGUUGGGAACGUACUACCGAUCAAUCCGGGCGCCGUCCUCCGACACGUGUCUGCUGUGCACGAGUGGCUCGUACUGUGGCGGCAGGGGUCUGUCUCAACCAACCGGUCCCUGCGACCCCGGGUAUCAUUGUCCACCCGGGCAGUCGUCUCCACGACCACCGUUGUACAACUGCUCGGCGGGGUACCAUUGCCCGGGUAACACGUCCGACCCGUUGCUCUGCCCGAACGGUACGUACACGGACCGAAGCCACGCAUCGUCCUGCUCGCCGUGCCCCGCCGGGGUGUACUGUCUGGAGGGGGUAAUACUGCGGGACUGCCCGCCCGGGUACUACUGCCCCCAGGGCACAGGUAAUGACUGGCGGCCCUGCCCGCGCGGUACCUACAGCUUAGCUCACGGACUGGACUCUGCGGCGCAGUGCGCACAGUGCGACGGUGGAUACUUCUGCUCAGACCUGGCCCAGACGCGCACCACUGCCAUGUGCAUGGCUGGCUACUUCUGUCAGCAUGGAGUGGACAGGCCGAAUCCUGGAAACGGAACGAACGCCACGGACAUAUGCGGUGAAGACGGUCAUUCUGGUGUUGGUGGAAUAUGCCCGAUUGGACACUACUGCCCGGAAGAGACAACAUCACCGUUUGCAUGCAGAAAUGGCACGUACUCACCCAUACCUGGCCUCGCCAGUUGCUUGAUCUGUCCCCAGGGGUACUUCUGCGCCGAGGGAUCGUCCGAGUACCUGAGUCAGCCGUGCCCUGUGGGGUACUUCUGCCCCGAGGGUACAAACGGACCUCAGCAGUACCCCUGCAGCCCGGGUACCUACAACUCCAGGAGCCAUGGUCGUAACGAUUCGCACUGCGUGUCAUGCGAUCCUGGGCAGUAUUGUGCCGGCCACGGACGAUCCUCUCCCAACGGUGCCUGCGCUGCAGGGUGGUUCUGUACAUCCGGAGCUCCCACGGCACGUCCAAGUUCUGCUGCGGAAGGAGGGGGUAUCUGCCCCGUGGGUAGUUACUGCCCGACGGGUAGCAAUGCCCCGGUUCCCUGCGACGGCGGUAGCUACUGUGACAUUGCCGGUCUGCCAGCUCCGACCGGUAUCUGUGACUCUGGGUAUUACUGUAUACAGUCAGCUGCUGUAUCUCAGCCAACGGAUAAUACAACAGGCGGCAUGUGUACUCCGGGCAGCUACUGCCCUGCCGGUAGUGACUCACCCACGGCCUGUCCCAAGGGUACUUUCUCCCCGGCCCGGGGCAACAUGAACGCGUCCAACUGCGAGGACUGCACGCCCGGCUCGUACUGUGCCAGCAGCGGGUUGAUUGGCCCAUCCGGUCCGUGCAGAGCGGGGUACUUUUGCCCGUCGGGUCAGUUUUCACCGACAGCGUAUCCCUGUGCCCGGGGUCACUACUGUCCGAACGGAUCGUCGGAAUCUCUCCGUUGCGUGCCUGGAAGCUAUCAGAAUGCCACUGGACAGCAGACGUGCAAGCCAUGCCCAGCUGGGUACUUCUGCGAUACUCGACUAGACACGGUUGUGGACUUCCGCAGCUCCUCGUGUCCGCCGGGCCACUACUGUCCGGUGGGUACGAGCAGGUCAACCCAGCACCCCUGCCCGUCCGGUACGUACAGCAACAGGUCGGGUCUGGUGCGAAGUGCUGACUGUACUCCGUGCGACGGCGGCAAGCAUUGCAUGUCGUCUGGACUAACGCAGCCGGAGGGCAACUGCUCCGCUGGUUUCUACUGCCGCUCCGGUGCGAGAUCUGCCACGCCGCAGGAGGGCCACACGGCCGACGAAUGCCCAACAGGUCACUACUGCCCGGAGGCGAGCACAAUGCCCGUGCCCUGUCCCCUGGGGUCAUACAACCCGAUGCUGCGGCAUGACGGCCCGGAAGACUGCCUCGCAUGCCAGGGUGGAUUUUACUGUGGUGAGAGUGGUCUGAACGCGUCAACAACUCCUUGUCAAGCCGGAUUCUACUGCAAUGCCGCUGCGACUAAUGCCACCUGGUUGAGAUGUCCCAGAGGAAAGUACUGUCUCGAGCAGACGGCUGUGCCAUAUGAUUGCCCUGCAGGAACAUUCAACCCGUACUUGGGCCUGAUGUCCAUUCAACAAUGUACCAACUGUACUGCGGGCUACCACUGUAUCGGAGGCCUAGCCAACGUUUCCGGGCCAUGUGACGGAGGUUACUACUGCCCCGAAGGGUCAAUGUCCCCGACACCGGUCAGUUCAGUCUGCCCGCGCGGCUAUCAUUGUCCGCAGGGCAGCGCACAGCCGCUCCAGUGUCACAGCGGAAUGCAAACGAACAGCUCCGGGCAAAGCGCAUGCUCCAUGUGCCCAGCCGGGUCCUACUGUGUGGGUGCUGACACCCUGCCCUGCCCGAGGGGGUAUUUCUGCCCAGCCGGGACUGGCCCAGACUGGUCUCCUUGCCCCGUGGGUACAUUCAGCAAUCAGGAAAGUCUUCAGCGGGAGAGCGAAUGCUUACCGUGUCCACGAGGAUUCUAUUGUAACACAAGCGCAGCGACCAACUUUACCGAUUACUGCCAAGAGGGAUUCUACUGCCAAUCUGCAAACUGGAGAGUUGAUCCCAUUGACAUGCUCUUUGAGAAUAGUACUGGUACACAACAAUGCAGGCUGCACCAGCCCGUCGGGGGAGAGUGCCCCACAGGUCAUUACUGCCCCAUGGGAAGCGGCCAGCCCGUGUCCUGCCCACCUGGGUCCUUUGCGAAUGUGACACGUCAGUCACACUGCAGUGCCUGCCCGCCUGGGUACUUCUGCCCAACUCAAACCGCUGACUAUCGUGAGAACACCUGUCCGUCCGGUCACUACUGCCCCGAGAACACCACCCGGGCGAGGGAGCGACCAUGCUCCACCGGGACUUUCAACCCCUGGACUGGGGCGCAAGACAGCAGCUCCUGCACACAGUGCACGGGAGGAAAGUACUGCGCCUCGCCCGGUUUGUCUCUUGAGACAGAUGACUGUGAAGGCGGGUAUUACUGCCCGGAAGGUUCCAGUAGCUCACAACCCGUAGCCAGCCGCUGCCAACAAGGUUCAUUCUGCCCUCGUGGAUCAGCCCGUCCAACUCCCUGCACACCAGGGUAUUAUUGCCAUGGGGAUGGCUUGUCCAAUACGACCGGACCGUGCGAUGCCGCUUACUACUGCAACGGUAGUGCAUACACCAGCCGACCUGCAGGUGAUGGUACGGGGGCAGUUUGCCCCCGCGGUGCAUACUGUCCCCGGGGCAGCCCUGCCCCGGUUCUCUGCCCGCCGACCACGUUCCAGAACGCGACCGGACUGGCGUCGGCCAGUGAAUGUCAGACAUGCAACGCGGGCAGCUACUGCGGCUCGUACGGCCUGCACGAACCAAGUGGCCUAUGCAGUGUUGGGUUCUACUGCCCACCGGGUCAGAACUCUAGUCGUCCGCUCGACUAUCUAUGCCCCAGCGGACACUAUUGCCCCAUUGGUAGCCCAGUGUACCUAGUGUGUCCGUCUGGAUCGUAUCAACCAAACACGGGACGAGGUGACUGUGUGGAGUGUCCUGCAGGCUACUUCUGUGAUUCCAGCUCUCAAGCAGUUUCCAGCGUCAAUGACACUGCAUGCCCCACCGGUCACUUCUGUCCCAACGGCACCAGGACGCGGGACGAGCACCCCUGCCCUCGCGGAACGUUCAACAAUCGCACGGGUCUGAGCGCCACGUCCCAGUGUGUCCCAUGCUCGUGGGGCUUGGUGUGCGCCGUUCCUGGUCUCGCCGAACCGGAUGACGUCUGUGCAGCGGGGUACUACUGUCGCUCGGGUGCAUUCUCCCCGACCCCAGACCAGGGCGAGGAUGCGACCACCUGUCCAUCGGGUAGCUAUUGUCCACGUGGUGUGGGCAGCCCGUUGUCAUGUCCACCUGGGACCUUUGGUAAUGCCCGAUCGCUCACCGCCCUGGAUGAAUGUAACAACUGUACAGAGGGCUGGGCGUGCACACAGCCUGGUCUCACAAGUCCCGAUGAACUCUGCUCCGCUGGUCACUACUGCCCAAGCCGCUCCAGCAUCAACUCAACCGUCAUCUGCCCGACGGGUCAUUAUUGCCCCACCGGUAGUGCCCUGCCCGAACCCUGCCCGGCCGGAACCUAUUCUGGCGCUGUGGGUUUGGUGGCGAGAUCGGAGUGUCGCCCAUGUACACCAGGAAGGGCUUGUCCAAUGCCUGGUCUCGGCGCACCCAGUGAAAACUGCUCUGCAGGGUACUUCUGUCCAAGCGCAUCCAUCCUCAGUGCGGACCCGAACAGGACCUGCACCUUUGGGCAACACUGCCCCGCAGGACGUUCCUACCCGUUGCCCUGCCCAGACGGAACGUACACGAACAGGACGGGUAUGUCCCAGUGCCAUGCGUGCCCUGCUGGUUACUACUGUGUACCUGUGGAGUAUGCAGGAAUACAGCAGCUCAGCGGCAACUGCACCAACACCAUCGCCGUCCGACCCUGCCCCGCCGGGUUCUAUUGCCCGACCGGUACAGGCCUGGACUGGGUACCCUGCCCCCGGGGCACCUACGGCAAUCGCACAGGUCUGCACCAGCAGAGUGACUGUGAGCAAUGUGACGGUGGAUACUACUGUUCACAGCUGAACGCAACCAGCACCAUGGCUCCAUGCUCAGGAGGGCACUAUUGUCGUCAAGGUGUCGAUCGUCCACAGCCCAUCUCCUACGCUGACUCGGGAAAUUCCUCACAGAACAUCUCCGGUUGUCCUCUCGAGACCGACCUGGGUUUGCACACGGGUACAGGCGGUCGUUGUGAACCAGGCAGCUAUUGCCCGGUUGGUUCUAUGCAGCCCAUUCCCUGCCCACCCGGAACGUUCACCAACCAACCUGGAAUGAGCCUGUGCGCGCCGUGCCCCAGCGGUCGUUUCUGCGAAGGCAACGUGUCCGACCUGACCGUCCUGCUCUGCCCGGCCGGGCACUAUUGCCCAAUGGGAACCGUCCUGUCCACUCAGUACCCAUGCCCAUCCGGGACAUACAACCCACUCACGGCCCAAGGAAACAUUUCAUCAUGUUCUCAAUGCCCUAGCGGAAGGCUGUGCAGUGGAGAGGGUCUCUCAGCUCCGACCGGAAACUGUACGGAGGGUUAUUAUUGCUCUGGUGGUGUGUCGGAUGUGCCGGGCAACGGAACCGGAGGAAUUUGCCCCAAAGGGUACUACUGCCCCGAGGGCUCCGACCAGCCCGUACCGUGUGACCCGGGCAGCUACUGUGACAUCACGGGACUCAUGGCACCGCGUGGCCAGUGCACUGCUGGCUUCUACUGCUCAUCGGCAUCUCCAUUCUCCACGCCGUCGCUCUCCGCACAAGGUGGCCUAUGUCCAAUGGGUAGCUACUGUCCUCAAGGUAGUAAUCUACCACAAGCCUGCCCACCUGGAACGUUUCUCAACUCAACACAACAAACAGCGCUCUCAGAUUGCUUGCAAUGUCCACCCGGGUCCUACUGCAGCCAGUCCAAUCUCAGCCUGCCUUCAGGGCCCUGCGACCCGGGAUUCUUCUGCCCCGGCGGCCAGAACACGUCCCGACCUGGUCAGUACAGGUGUCCUGCUGGUCAUCGCUGUCCACAGGGCAGCAGUGAGGCAGUGCGAUGCGACUCCGGCGACUUCCAACCCAGCGACGGUAUGCCAGCGUGUGUGGUCUGUCCUCCGGCAUACUUCUGCGACAACUCGAAUGGAUCGACGGUGCUAUCGUUUGCAACUCUCUGUCCGGAGGGACACUACUGUCCGGCUGGUACUAGGCAUGCUGGGGAAUUCCCCUGCCCGGCCGGUACGUUUAACAACGACACAGGCCUGGCGAAUGCGAGCCAGUGUCAGCCAUGUCCGGGUGGAUACUCAUGUCCCAGUGCAGGUGUCACCAUCCCGACUGUGCUCUGCGCCGAAGGCUAUUUCUGCACAUCUGGAGCUAUUCUACGGACGCCAGCACAGCCACCAGCUGCCAGCAUCUGUCCCGCUGGUAGCUUCUGUCCAGUCGGUAGUAGCAUACCCAUACCAUGCCCAGCUGGUUCGUUUAGCAACACGAGCGGUCUACGUGCCUCUAAUGAAUGCCUAUCGUGCACUGCUGGCUCGUUCUGCAGUCCAAUGGGUCUCAUUGCUGUAGCCGGUCCCUGCCAGUCUAGGUACUACUGUCCCAGAGGGUCCAGCAGCAGGACCGAGGUUGUUUGCCCCGAGGGGCACUAUUGCCCGUCCGGUUCGGGUCAACCAACCCCGUGCCCCGUGGGAAUGUACUCCAACACCAGCCUGCUGUCGACCCGGUCACAGUGCAGGUGGUGCACGCCAGGGUAUUACUGCAACACAACAGGUCUUACCCAACCGUCCGGUGCCUGCUCUCCUGGCUUCUACUGUCCACUGGGCACGGUUGACUACCAACCUGCAUCGAGCUAUUGUCCUGUUGGCCUGCAAUGCCCGCUGGGAUCUGCCACACCACAGUCUUGUCCAUCGGGCACAUACACCAACACGACGCAUGCCGACGGCUGCAAGACUUGUCCGCCCGGUUUCUACUGCCUGCCGCUCAACACGUCAUCCGCCGGCUACGCAGUGUGUCCCCCAGGGCACUACUGCCCUGCCGGGACGGGCCCGGAUUGGGUACAAUGUCCCCAGGGCACGUACAGCAAUGGAACGCAGCUGUGGGAAAGCAGCCAAUGCACUCAAUGUCCGGGUGGUAAGUACUGCAGCGGGGGUAGAACUGCCCCGGAUGCACCCUGCUCAUCCGGAUACUACUGUAUGAGUGGAAACUACAGAGCAGAUCCGACCGGAGAGGAGUACGGUGACCUGCUAAACGUUUUCAACAGCACCAACGCAAUAUGUCCGGCAAUCGGCGACAACUCAACCGUCGGCGCACCGUGUCCUGUGGGGCAUUACUGCACGCAGGGAACCGUCCUGCCUCGACCAUGCCCGGCUGGCUCGUACAAUGACCUUCUGCUGCAGUCCACGUGCAAAGCUUGUCCCGCAGGGUACUACUGUCUGGAAGGGGCAGUCCGGUUUGCGGACAGUCCGUGUCCCGUCGGGCAUUUCUGCCCGGAGAACACGACGUUUGCGGUGGAGCAUCCGUGCGCGGCGGGAACGUACAACAACGUGACCGGAACGCGAACCAACGCCAGUUGCAGUCAGUGUCCGCCAGGGCGGUACUGCCAGGGCACGGGGCUCUAUGCACCGUCUGCACCGUGUCUCCAGGGCUGGUACUGCUCGGGAGGUACGUCCGUUGCCCACCCCACCGCACCAUCUGAAGGCGGCCAGUGUUCUCCGGGAGAGUUUUGCCCGCUGGGUUCCGCUUUUCCGACACCGUGUCUGCCUGGUUUCUUCUGCAACGCGUCUGCUCUGAGCUCGGUGUCCGGAUCAUGUGAAGAAGGGUAUGUGUGCGUUGGAGGCUCCUCGUCACCUCGACCCACCAGUGGCAUCACCGGAUUCCCCUGUCCGAAGGGUAGCUACUGCCCCGAGCAGUCGAAUAGCUCUAUCGCUUGCCCUGCUGGACAUUUCCUUAACCACACCAAGGCCACAUCACUGGCUGACUGCCAGGCAUGCCUGCAAGGUAGUUACUGCGAUCGACCGGGACUCGACCUCCCGUCCGGCCUCUGCAGCAGUGGUUACUAUUGUCCCCCAGGACAGACCUCAUCCACCCCGGCAGGCUACCCCUGCCCCACGGGACACUACUGCCCGAUAGGUAGCUGGACUCCGUCGCCAUGCCGAGCCGGUUUCUACCAGUCGCGCAUGGGACAGGACAGUUGCGAACAAUGCCCAGCAGGAUUCUAUUGUGACGGAACUGGCGGACCGACUACGAACUACACCGACUUCCCAUGCCCUGAAGGAUUCUAUUGCCCGCUCGAAACACCGCAUGCCAACAGUAACCCGUGUCCUAUCGGGACGUACAACAACCUCACUGGCUUGGGCAGCGAAUCCGAAUGUCUGCCCUGUGCUGCUGGGUACUACUGCGGUGGACAGGCCAUCAUCAACCCGACUACUCUCUGUUCCCCUGGUUACUUCUGUCGUCGUGGCGCUAAGGUUGCGUCGCCGACCCCAGCAACAGCCGACUACGGGCCCUGCCCAACAGGGCACUAUUGCCCCAUGGGUACCGACGAACCAGAGCCCUGCCCAGUGGGGACAUACAACCCGUCUCUGGGUCAACAGCAGGAGUCGCAGUGUGUGGUGUGUCCCGGCGGAGAGUACUGCGCUAGCCCCGGACUGAAUACCACCAGUGGGCUGUGCUCCAGUGGGUACUAUUGCCCGAAUGGGUCGAGCAUUGCUGAAAACAUUUCAUGCACAGCCGGUAGCUAUUGCCCCGUGGCCAGCCCUCUUCCCAUAUCAUGUCCGCCCGGUACAUUCUCUGCCAUGCGUAGACUUCAUGCCGCUGAUGACUGCACCCCAUGCCUGCAAGGACAGUUCUGUGGAACUGCGGGUCUUACGGCCCCGUCCGGACCGUGCUCACCCGGGUACUAUUGCCCGUUGGGUCAGAAUACCAGCUCCCCGAGUGCGUUCCUGUGCCCGAGAGGUCUGCAUUGCCCCGCAGGCAGUUCAACACCGGUACCGUGCUCGCCCGGAACUCUAACCCAGGCCGACGGCUUUUCCGAUUGUGACAUCUGUCCCGGCGGUUUCUUCUGCUUGCCCGUGAGCGUUGGCAAUGCAUCAGCCAAUCUCAAGCCGUGCCCUCGCGGCCACUUCUGCCCGAACGGAACUGGCUUUGACCCGCAACCCUGUCCAAUUGGAUCUUACAGCAACACCACAACUCUCGUGUCACAAGACCAAUGCACGGCCUGUGAUGCCGGUAUGUACUGCAAUACGCCGGGUAAAACGACGCCGACGGGCCCCUGCCGCGGCGGGCACUUCUGCAUCAUCGGGAACUAUGCCCCAGACCCUCGGAACUUCUCGGCGUGUCCCGCCCUGGUUGCAUUCCCGGCCGAGGGUGGCAUCUGUCCCGUGGGUACCUACUGCCCUACCGGGUCCAGCCGUCCACAGCCAUGUUUGCCAGGCACGUAUACAAAUAUCUCUGCAGUCACGGUUUGUACCAGUUGUCCUCCGGGUUACUACUGUCUUGUUGGGUCCGUGGAGUAUGAGUCACAGAUUUGCCCCAGCGGGUACUACUGCCCUGCUGCAACUACCCACCCGACCCAGUUCCCGUGUCCCGCCGGAACUUUCAACAAUGUCAACGGCAGCCGGUCAGGGACUGAUUGUGUGUCGUGCACGGUCGGUUCGUAUUGUGGAAGCGAAGGCCUGACAACCCCGACCGGGCUCUGCAGGGAUGGAUGGUACUGCUCCGGUGGUGCAACCAACGCCACCGACCUGCAGCACGGCGGACCUUGCCAACCGGGUCAGUAUUGCCCCGUGGGCUCUUCGGCCCCCGUCCCGUGCCCGGCUGGUCAGUACUGCGACCGUGCAGAGCUGGCCUCACCGACUGCUCUCUGCCGUGGCGGCUCAUGGUGUCAAUUAGGAUCUGUGUCAGCAACGCCCAAUGAUGGCUCAACCGGUAGAAACUGCAGCACUGGACACUACUGUCCCGAAGGAACUCAGCUUGAAAUCCAGUGUCCGAUCGGCACAUUCUCCAGUCUGACUGGACUCGAGGCCGAGGACAUGUGCGCCAACUGCACUCCGGGACUGUACUGCGCAUCAUCGGGACUGUCCCUCCCAUCCGGGCCCUGCACGGCCGGGUACUAUUGCCCGUCCGGGCAGGAGUCGAUGAGCCCGCUCCAGUUUGGCUGCCCACUUGCUCACUACUGCCCCGUGGGUAGUUCGGCCCCUGUGCCCUGCCCAGCUGGUAUGUACCAGGAUGUGACGUAUAGCUCUCUAUGCAAGUCCUGUCCCAGCGGUUACUUCUGCAAUGGAAACCUGACGCACCCGAUCUCAGACUAUCGCCAGAGCCCGUGUCCCAGUGGGUAUUUCUGCCCUGAGGGCACUGAGUACGCCACCCAAUUCCCGUGUCCUCUUGGAACGGCAUCCCGACUGCAGGGUCUCAACGCGUCAUCGGAGUGCGAUCCUUGCGAGGGUGGAAUGGCAUGCACUGCUAGAGGUCUCAGCUCAAGUGACAGUAUCUGCGCCGCUGGUUUCUACUGCUCCGUGUCAGCCCAGACGGCCACACCGCGUCAGGGACCACUCCAAGGCGACACCUGCCCGCCCGGGUUCUACUGCCCCGAGGGCUCAUCAACCCCUCUGCCCUGCCCGCCCGGUACCUACAGCAACCAGGUGCAGCUCGAGAGCCGUGACAACUGUACACAGUGCACUGGUGGAAUGUUCUGCCUGGUCACGAACCUCACUCAACCGUCCGGGCCAUGUGCCCCUGGAUACUAUUGCCCGGUCGGGUCGAGUUCCGCCACCAUGGUACCAUGCCCUGUAGGGAAGUUCUGCCCAGGGGGUAGCGGUGCACCCACCGAUUGCCCACACGGUACCUACUCCAACCGUACCCGGCUAUUUAACUCGACGCAGUGCACUGUGUGCAACAGCGGACAGUACUGCUCUAACCCCGGCCUAACACAACCAACGGGUCCCUGCUCGGAUGGACACUACUGCCCUCACGGAAGCAUUACCGAUACGCCAACACUCUAUAUCUGUCCAAAGGCACUGUACUGUCCUGUGGGUAGCUCCGUGCCGCUGCAGUGUGCCCCGGGCACGUUCACAAACGAGAGCGGCAGCAGCGACUGCAGCCCGUGCCCGCCAGGUCACCAGUGCUUCCCGGUUAGCGCCGAGAACGCCGACAACAACACACAACCGUGCCAGGCUGGCCAUUACUGUACUGGCGGUGUAGGCUACAGUCCCACGCCGUGCCCGGCUGGUACGGUUAGCAACAUUACUGGCUUGAGUUCGGAGCAGCAGUGCUCACCAUGCCCGAAAGGAAUGUACUGCGCAACACCUGGCCUUCUAUCACCAACCGGUCAAUGCUCUGCAGGUCAUUUCUGCGCGUCUGCAAACAUCGUGCCUAAUCCUACCCCAGCCAGCAACAACACGGCACUAUUGUUACCUAGCAUACCCCUGAGUGAUGAUUCGUCCGGGUCUGGCGCAGGCGCGCAGCAUUGUCCAGGUCGACCGUUUGAUCGCGUUGGUGGUGUGUGCUACGUUGGUCACUAUUGCCCGAUCGGAUCCGAACUACCCAUUGCAUGCCAGUCUGGUAGUUACAGCAGUGAGACCGGUAUGGAUGCGUGUACGGCUUGCCCCGAAGGUUACUACUGCCCGUCGAACACGAGCGAUUUCACCCUGUACCCGUGCCCCGCUGGGCACUAUUGCCCGGAAAACACGACCCACUCGACGCAGUACCCGUGCCCCGCCGGUACCUUCAACAACCUCACGCUGCGGUCCAACGUCAGCGAAUGUACACCGUGUGUGGCCGGUAGCUACUGCAAUACAUCCGGUCUCAGCUCUCCGACUGCCCUGUGUUCAGCCGGGUACUACUGUGCGGGCGGGUCCACUGUCCCAAUGCCCACCUUCAUGCCGGCAGGUCGCCUGUGCCUGGCCCGGGAGUUUUGCCCCGCAGGUACACCCCAGGUGCUGGUCUGCACGGAGGGAUUCUACUGUGCACGCGACGGUCUCGGUGCAGUGAGCGGGCCGUGCGAAGAGGGCUACUUCUGCGCGAACGGGUCCAUGUCCCCGCGGGAAGUGCCCUGCCCCAGUGGACACUAUUGCGAAGAUGUCAGUCCCCGUCCGAGUCCUUGCCCCCAGGGCACGUACCUUCCCACGCAGAGAUCUAACAAUAUGUCUGACUGCCUGAGCUGCACGCCUGGCCGUGCAUGCGUGAACACCGGUCUCUCACAGCCCAGCACGAACUGUACGCAAGGUUACUACUGUCCGGAGGGGAUGAUCACCCCCGCCCCUGCCCAAUACAUGUGUCCCAAGGGUCACUUCUGCCCGACCGGGUCGGCAUCACCGAUGCGCUGCGCGAGCGGGUCGUAUCAAGACGAGGAUCAGAGCUCUGAGUGCAAGCUGUGUCCAGCCGGGUACGUGUGCGAUAACCGCCUAUCACCGGUGGUUCUCCUCUCCAACUCCAGCCUGUGUCCAGCCGGGUACUAUUGUCCGAACGGCACGCGUCACGCUACCCAAUACCCGUGCCCGGCCGGUACCUACAAUAACAUCACUGGCGUAACCGACAUUGCCGAGUGUGUGCCGUGCCGCGAGGGCUACUACUGCGACACGCCGGGACUCGUUGAGCCUGCGGGACUGUGCACGGCGGGCUACACCUGCGCCCGUGCCACCAACACGUCCGCACCGGCACAUUCCAUCUGUCCGCUGGGGAACUACUGCCCGGAAGGCAGCAUUCUGCCGUCGCCAUGUCCGCGCGGCACGUUUGCCGAUCGCCUCGGCACGCAGGACUACACGGGCUGUCAGCCGUGUCGCCCGGGGCAUUACUGUAACGACGUGACGGCAAGCGCAAGUCGUGCGGCGCCGUGCAGUGCCGGGUUCAUCUGCGUCAGUGGCGCGUACAUUCCAUCGCCGCUCGACAACACUACAGGAUAUCCAUGUCCGCCAGGACACUACUGCUUGUCCGGCGACCUCGUGCCGCGCCUCUGCCCCGUCGGGACGUUCGCAAACCAGUCCGGUCUCGGUCAGUGCUACUACUGCCCCAGUCGGCAUGUCUGCCCCGUCCUGGGGACUGUCGACCCCCUGCCCUGCCCGUCCGGUCGCUUCUGCCCCAGUAUCGGCAACAACACAAUUGGAGAGCCGUGCCCUGUUGGCACCUACUCGAACAUCACGGGAUUGCAGUUUGCCGUGGAGUGUUCUCCGUGCACCGCAGGAUCAUAUUGCGAGUCUGUGGGUUUGUCCGAACCGACAGGUCUGUGCAAUGUGAGUUACUACUGUCCACCGAGCAGCGCCCUCGCACACCAGGUCCGCUGUCCCCUGGGGCACUAUUGCCCCGAGGGAUCGGCACUGCCCGUGCCCUGCCCCAUCGGUACGUACUCCAAUGUCGAGCUGCUGGGUGCCAUCGGCGAUUGCCUCCCGUGCCCAGCAGGAGGCUACUGCGAUGAUAUCGGCUUGAACAAUGCAACAGGUCCAUGCCAGGCUGGCUACUAUUGUCCACAACAGCAGGCUAUCAACGUGUCGAAUCCGGAACAGUUCCAGUGCCUGGUGGGGCAUUACUGCCCCGCCGGGUCAUCGGUCCCAACCCCGUGCCCCACUGGGACAUACUCUCCCCGACUGAGACUGGCGGCGUGUUUGCCAUGCCCGGCUGGCAGCUACUGCGACACCGGUGAGAUAGUGCCCAAGGCCUGCGAACCAUACAGCUACUGUCCGCUCGGCUCACCGGCGUCCAUUUCCUGCCCGCCCGGAUUGUAUACGGAGAACAAUGCCACUGGGCUGAUGUCACCCAAGGAAUGCUUGUCUUGCCCACCUGGGCAGUUCUGCAUGCGUGGUACAAUACAAGGUAACUGCAGUGCACGUUAUAUCUGCAACCAGUCCAGCCCCACGCCGACACCCACACCAGAACUGCUCGACAUCUACAACCAAACGGUCGGCUCCCUGUGCCCCCUGGGGUACUUCUGCCCCGAGGGAACGGCCCGGCCCCAGCCAUGCCCCGGUGGUCUGUUCAUUGACUUUGAGGGUGCGGCCGGUAUAGAUGACUGUGGCCUGUGUCCCGCUGGCAAGGUGUGCCCUCCGGAAACCAACGUUGCCGUCGACUGCAGGAAAGGUUACUACUGUUCGUUCAACUCCACACAGGAGCCAUGUCAGAUCGGCACGUACAAUAACCGCACCGGCGCCACCGAUGACUCCUGGUGCCUGCAGUGCGCUUCCGGCUACUGGUGCAGUCGCGAGGGCAUGUCCACGUACCUGAACGAACCCUGCCCCGUCGGGUACUACUGCAACCCGGGCGUGGACCAGCCCUCGCCCUGCCCGCCCGGUACAUACCGAGAUGUGACUGGCGCCGGCAGUAUAGGUGAGUGCUACGACUGCCCGCGAGGUUUUUACUGUCCCGAUGAGAACGACACAUCGAUCAACUUUGCUCUGAAGUGUCCCAAUGGAACGUACUGCCCGAACGGGUCUUCGUCCUACGUCGACUGCGAUGCCGGAUUCUACUGCCCCGACGCAGCCGAUAGGGUGGCAUGUCCCGCCGGGUCCUAUUGCCCGGUCAGGUCGAUAACACCCAUACCGUGCCCCGAAGGUCACUACUGUUCCGGAUUCGUGUGCCCCAUUGUAACCUCGUACAACUUUACCGACUACGCGAACGAAUCCGUGGGAGCGACUUCAGCAACGAUCUGUCCUCUCGGAUACAUUGCGCGACGUGUGUUCAACACCAGCUUCCAGACGUCGUUUGCCGACACGUGUGUUCCCUGCUCCACUGGUAGCUAUGGCGAUCACCCGACGCGACAAUCGUGUACGCCGUGCGCGGCCGGUGUCGUCUGUUUGCAAUCCGCUACGACGGACGUGCCCACGGAGAACGACACGGCUCUCGGCUAUCCCAACACCCGCUCGUUUGUCUGCCCCCUGGGGUACUUCUGCCCCGCGCAGUCGGGAAGGCCCGUGCCCUGCCCGGCCGGUACGUACCAGAACAAGAUGGGAGCGACGAGCAAUCUGUCGUGUGUGCCCUGUCCGAUUGGGCAAUAUCAGCACCUCAGUGGGCAAGGCAACUGCAGCUUAUGUGGUGGGGAAGCCAGUACAACAACUACCGGAUCGAUUAGCUGCACGUGUGAAGGACUGGGCCGUGCGUUUCAGCCGUCAGACACACGCUGCACGUGCCGCCAGGGAUACUCGGAGAGCGUGGUGGGCGGCCGAGACUGCGCCCGGAUCGUGUACGGGGUGUGCUCCGAGGGCUCCUGGCGCGGUACGGACGGACAGUGCCGCACUCUGCCCCAGUGGGAGAUCUACUGCAGCAACCAGUUCUGCAACAGCCCAAGUGACUACGAAGCGUUUGAUACGACUGUCGGUGUUUGCCAAUGUCGGACUCAAGACAUAGACAACGUUUGCAACACGAAGUGUCAGCUGGAGAACCGCAACAAACUGCAGCUCACCUGCGGAGUGUCCACCUCUCUGGGAAUCAGUGCGUCCACGUCCGAGAACGGGUCUGCUUUCAGCGGAGAGGCUCUCCAGAACUCAGUGACUAACUUUGACUCGUCGUUGGGAAAUACAAGUUGCCAGUUUGACCAGUCAACUCGUUCCGUCUUCCUCACCUUUAUCAAUGAUGCGGGUGAGGCUAUUGGUGUAUACUCUCCAUCCAACCAAGACCUCAUCACACUGCUGUCGCCAACCUCAACCACCUCGACACGUCGCCGCAGAGAUGCUACCAGCCGUCGCGAAGACUGGGAGUACCACGCUGAGGAACAUGCACGUCGUCGUCGUCAGGUUUCAUCUAACUUCCAGGGAGUGACAAACCCUGUGACAUGUAUCAGCAACGGCGAGGUGAUGAUGUGGAGCAUCGAUCGCUACAACUACCCACGCUACGACGUCAACAACCUGUGGAACGACAAUCCAACGUUCGACUACGGCGCUUUCCGGCAGCUUGACGAGGAGCAGAGACAGUCGCCCACUCCCAACUCUCUGUUCAGUUUCCGAUUCACAGAGGCCGGAAUGUACGUCUUCCGGAUACAGAACGACACGGCUAGUGGACGACGAAUGUAUAUUCGUGUGAUGCCCCCGUCGGCCCGAUGUCCAGAGCAGGGGCCCUUCUUCCCGCUGCGACCAACAACAGCCGUUCAACUGGGUGCCAGCAAUAGCCAGGAUAUCCUGCUGGAGCCUGACUGGGUCCUAAUCUUCAGCAUGAUGGCCGGUGGUGUUCUGGUGCUUGUGGCACUGUUCAUAGCAUUGCUUUUGUUCCGUAAGCACGGCUGGAAGCAGGCAUUCUUCACCAAGCCACGCUACAGGAAACUGGCCAGCAAGUAUGACUUUGACAGCUACGCCUCCAAGGGCUCUGUGGUGCGGCCGACCCAGCGCUUACAUCCUAACGCAGAGCUGGAACCCGUGCAAGGAAGCAGAAUACCCGCUAUUGGAUCCAGUGAGCAAGAAGACCUGAUAGGCAAGGAUGAGUACUGGGAUUACGAACACCAAGUGGACCUGGAGGCAUACUCUUCAACCACCUUCUACGACACGCUCAACCACCAAACCAACCAUGUCACUGCCGAGAUUGACAAGAACAAGAGAGAAGCAAAGGCAGUGUACGUACAGGUUCGGCAAGCAGCGGCCGAGCUGAAGACACUGUGGGCUGCAACAAUGAACCUGAGCUCCAGUGCAGAGCUAUUGUCACCUCAGGAGGCCAACUACUAUACAAGCAAACGUCAAGAGCUGGAUAGUGAACUAGCCCUGCGCAAGCACUACGCUGCUCUCUUCCAUGGCAUUCUGGAGCAGCAGGAAGAGAGUAUGAGCAAGGAGGAGGACAGACGCAGAGAGUACCUUAUGCAAUUCAAUCCUCUACUGAAGAAACUGAAGCUACUCCUGAUCAACAACAGUCAAAAGUCACGUUCGCGCUGCCAGGAGGUCCUCCAGCAGCUGCAAGACAUACACCAGACCGAGUGCCUCCGUCGCUGUUGCCAUGCACUGUACGGCGACCCGAUGGGCGGCCAUCUUGUAUCCCCCGACAACCAGGUGGUCACCAAGGAGCGGCUGUUCAACGAGGAGGGUGUGCUGCGUGCCAUCGACAACCUCGUUACCAUGGAUACGGCCACGAGCCUUAUGAUGCCGUCCAACUCCUGCCACCUGCUCAUUUCCACGCGCACUGGCGACCACGAGCAGGAACUGCUGACGAAUCACGUGAUCCACCCGCGCACCGGACGAGUAGUGCCCAUAGCUGGCUCGGUGGCGCUUGAUCCCAUCUCUCAGCGGCUCGUGUUCACGACCGAGCUGACGUCGUCCGAUCAGGUCCCCACCAACGAGGAGCUCAUCCCGUUCGUGCCCUACCCGUGCCGCGCCGACACGGGAGAACCGCUGGAGACGCAGCUUGUGCCGCUGGCCCGCCGCUCGGACCUGCGCAUCGGCGCCAUGUUCCAGGAUCCGGUGAGCGGCCAGUACGUUCCCCUGUGCGCCGUGACCAUACACCCGACCAGCAACACACUGCUGCCCGUCGGUGGCGUGCACGUGGACCCGAUCCUCGGCGUCGACACGCCAAUACACAUCGGCUGCAUCAUGGCCGUCAGCUCUGAUUCAGCGAGCGAUGCCGAAGCCAGACCGCUCGUCGCACCCAUCAUCGGAGUGGCGUUCAACCAAGAAGGAAAGGUCAUACCCGUUGGGGGUACAUGGCAGAACGACACUGCACCAAUCUUACCCGGAGACGUCUUUGCAGACCCACUCUCAGGCAAGGCAUUGAUGAUAACCAGCGGUUGGUUGAACGGCGUGAGCGAGUGCUUGCCGGUGUACGGAGGUCAACAGGCCGUUCUGGACAACGUGGAGAUGGCCACGGAACGCGAGCUGCUGAACUCAGUGGACGCUGCUCUAGAUCCGGAUUCCGAACAGGCAUCGUCAUCAAUGCCACUCAAGGACAGAAUUGAACAGUUGAACAAACGACGCGCUGCCACCACUGGCUACAUGCUCUCACAGUUCCACCGUUAUCGACGACGCAAGCAAGAGAUGUCAAGUGUAGUUGAGCAUGGUGGCUGUCCUGGUAUGAUGGAAUAUGGACAGACUGGACGACUGCUUCCACUGUUGCUAGGUACUGAGAUCACGGACCCAGCUGGCACGGGUAUGGAGGUACCCAUCGUGGGUGCUCACAAGAACCCAGUCACUGGAGGGCUAGCGCCACUGUGCGGCACCACGGAGAACCCCGACGGAACGGGUAUGAUGCCCAUCGCACUGGGCGUGGAGGCCGUGGAUCCGAGCACAAAGGAGAGAGGCCUGAUCAUCGGUGCUCGCAUCGACAUGGAAACGGCACAGGUGAUCCCGGUCACUGCGGCUGCUGCCGUACGUCCACUGAUGCCCCCUGCCUCACAAGCAAAGAUGCAACUAUUUGAAGUUGAACUCGUACAGCGCAGCAGUAGCCAUCGUCAGCAGAGAUCAGCAGAGGAGGAAGUGUUUGGUCUGGUUAAUACCGUCAUGAACCUGCUUCUGUAUCCAACAAGGCUGGUCAAUCAGGGCAAUGUCAUCGACUAUGCCAGCGUCUUGGAAAGACUGACAGAGCACAUGGAAACAUUCAAGUCUGGAAGAGCCAUUCAACGGCUGAAAGAACUCCAAGCGGACGAGGAUCAUCGCCGCCAAUCCGCACAAGUGGAACUUGCAACCAGGCUGGAUGCCGAGGCUAUGACCCUGCUCGUGGAGUGUGACCCAGCCGAAACGCACGCACACUCUUCGUUCCACUCGGCGUACACCCGUCUGGAGGAGCUGUUCAGCAAACGCGUAGAGGACAUGCAGAAGGAGAUGAGAAGCUUCGAGGAAGCAAGCAAGGAUCUCAACCCUAACUCACGCAAUGCAUUGGCGCAGCGUCACUAUGCAACCAUGGACUCCAUCUUCGGUGAGCUGGUCGAUCAAGGUUCCCAGAGAAAGAAAGUGCUGGAUGAACUGAUGGAGAAGUUGGAAUGUCUGCGCCUCAGGUCUGAGCUCUGCUACCAAGAAGCCAAGGCUGUACUUGCUGGUAAUCGCAUGCGCCCACUGUCCUACGACGUCCUCAGCACGUCUCUCUUCAGGGUGGAUCAAGUGUCCGACGCCGCUAUCAGUCGGGUUACAGCUCUGCUGGAGGAGCUCAUCGACUUGGUGCGAAAGCGUGGCCUCGGCGCUCCGGCUGUCAUGGCAACCCAGGGUGCUGCUGCUGGCGUAGGUCUGACAACUCUGUCAUCGGCAUCCCUUGCUCUGCUCCAGGGCAAGCGGCUGCAAGGACAGCUGGGCAGGUCGUCGUCGAUGAAACAACUACCGAGUUCCGUUACGGCGACAUCCCUCGCAGCACGCGGUGACCCAGCACAACAGCAGAAAUGGUCGCAGCUAGUCACAGAUGCUAAACAGCAAUCAGCUUCGUCACUGCAAGCUGGAGUGAUGCCAACAACCGCAGGUUCUGUCGCAAGACUUGGAGAUGGCACACAAGAUCCAGUCACUGUAGCAGGCGCUUUCGCUGCUCCAGCCGAUCCAGAGUCGGCGGACGCAGCAGCUGCAACAACGGCGGGAUCAAGCACUUACACCAGCCAGGAACAGGACAAGAUUCGUACGCUGGCCGAGAAACACACCCUGGAGGUGACGCAGCUGGAAAAGAAACUCCUUCAGACUGAGCUUGCCGCGUUUGACGAGGUGAUUGAAGACAUUGAGAAACAGAAGGAAGCUCUGAUCGAGGCGGCCAUGAAAGACAUGCACGCAGAGCUUGAAGGCGUCACUGACCCGCAACAAAUCCAGGCCAUCGUCAUGAGGCAUACCGAGAAGCUGGAGCAGGCCACCGACGAGUUGGAAGCGGAGAAAGCGCGCCGCCUGGACCAGGCCCGACUCAGCCUCGCGGCACAGCGCAAGGCUGAUAUAGGCGAGCUAAGAGACAAACAUAUCAAGGAGGUGGAAGACAACGGCCUCCCGGCUUCAACGGCCAUCGACCAUCAGCUGCAGUCCGACGAGGACAUGGACGCACAGUUGCAGCUGCUAGCCAACAAGCAGAGUGCUCUGGUGGCUGAACUCAAAGCUGCCAUGGCUUCUGACUGGGCAAGACACGGUGCUGAAUCCGAAGAGGAGUUACAGCGUCGCAAGAACGAAGAGAUGAUGAAAAUGGUGGAACAGUGGAAUGCAGAACACGGCAAUCUCUCGCCAGAAGCAAAGGCUGCUGUGGAUGAGUUACAGGCUUCUUCCUCGUCUGCCAAGCGGCAAAAGGAUGACGUGGCAUCGCGGCUCAAGAGCAGACGGCGCGGACGGCGCGCGAGAGGAGAUGGCGCAGCAGGAGAAGAAUCUGACGAUGAGAGCGAAGGUGGAGCAGGUACUGAAACACUUGUGACUCAAGUCGGCCCUGAUGGAAGUACGCGUGUUGUCAAGAAGAAGUUUGCAAUACUGGAUGGAAUGGAUGGAGAGACUGUUGCUGAGCUGACCAGCAAGGCCUGUCGUCAUGCCAACGACAAGCGUCUUGAACAGGCCCUGUUGACAGCAAUGGCGGACCAUAUGGCUAAGCAGCAGAUUGAACGGCACGAAGCUGUCAUCAAACAGAUGUCCACCAAUCAGGACCAGACACAACACAUGCUGGAUGAGCUACAUGCCAAGUUGAAGGAAGUGGAUGCCGUGGGAACGGAGCAAGCACAGCGCAAACAAGACGAGCUGGAAGCACGAAUUGCUGCUCGUAAGCGACUGCGUGAGGAGAAGAAUCGUGAGGCGGCUGUGGCAGCAAAGAUUCAACAAGCAGCCGACGCUCAGAUCCAAGCACUCGGUGAUGAGGGUGCUGCGGAAAUUGUACGCACACUUCGGCCUGACGUCGACAAGGCAGCGUCGGAGGUCAGCGAAGCCGAGAAGAUAAAGUUGGAAGAGGAGCAACUCGAGAAGCAGGUACAACUGGAAGUGGAGCAACGACAAGAGGCCAGACGCUUGCAACAAGAGGCCGAACAAGAACUGGCAGCCGCCAACACCAACGCAGCAGAAGACAGAGAAGAAAAGAAGAGACAGGCACUGCGGAAGGCGCAGGAGGACUUCCAGCGCGAGGUGGCUGCCAAGCGAGAACGCAACGAGAUCUCGGCAGCCGAGUACGAGCGUCUGGUUGAACAACACCAGGGUAGCAUGGCCAAGCUGGAAGGCUCAUUUGACGCACAGAAGCAGCGCCAGCAACAAACGCUGGCCAGUAAGAUUGAGGAAAAGCGACGGCGCAAGGCUGAGUUGCUUGCAGCCAAGAACGAGCUGGCAAUGAAAACUGAACUGGAGCGACAGCAGCAGGAACGUGAUGAGCUGCAGUCCAAAAAGGAACGCGAAGCAGAGUUGGCAGCACUGACAGCCAACAGGAGCAGUCUUGAAUCCCAAACCAACACGUCACCCGAGCUCAUCAUCCAGAACCUUCUGCAGCAGCGUCACCUCAAGGAGAUGGUACAGCUUGGCGAGCGCUUUGAUCGCCGACUAGACCUUGCCGUGUGCGAGGCUCGCAGUGCCCUCCAGGAACAACGGGGCAAGGAGAGAGAUGAACUUGUCGCAGCAGAGGAGGAGAAGCAAGCUCAGAUUCUCUCCAAUCCCGAUUUGUCCGACGAGGAAAGGGAGCAGCUUGAGGAACAGUUUGCUACUGCUAUGAAGGAACGCUUGGAACAGUUUGAUCAGGCCACAGCACAGCAGGUGAAGCAAGCUGAGCAGCAGGCGCAGAAUGAUCAGCAACUGAAGCGUACCACCGCCCGCGCAGAUCUGCAAGAACAGCACUUGACGGAACUGGCUGAUUACAUGAAGCAGCUAUCACCAGAACAGGCUCUGCGCGGAUCGUACGAGGCACAAGCCAAGCAACGGAAGGAGAGUUACGCCACCAAACGCCGUCAGAUCGAGGAGGAGAAGGCGCGUGAGCUGGAGAGGCGUAAGGAGGAAACACGCCGGAGGGAAGAAGAAGCAGCACACCGACGUCAAGAACAGAUUGAGAAAAUUGAAGCCGACCUGAAGGCCCAGGAAGAGCGUGACAUGAACCGAAGCAAGGAAAUGGAGAAGAACAACAGACAACAACUGGAGAAGGAAAUGGAGAACAAGCGACGAGAACAGGAGCAACGCCUUCGACAAAUGGGCGAACUCACCGAGGCCAAGAAAGCGCAAAUCAUGGCGGAGUACAGCAGUGAGACAGAGCGCUUUUCCCAGCAGGCCAUGCAGAGCAAGCAGAAGGCAGAGCAACGACUGCAGGAGCAGCUGGCCGCGCGUCGAAAGCGGCAGAGGGACCGCGCCAUCGCCAAGGUAAGCGAGGAAGAAGCACAGGCCAAUGAGGCAGCCAAGAAAGACGAAGCCGAAGCGGUGGCCAAGCUCGACGAGGAAGCCGCACGCCUGGACGUCGAGGAGCAGAAGCGACGAGCUGAGAAACAGGCCAAUGAUCUCCGGCAAGCACAAGAACAAGCCCUAUUGCAACAACAGCAACAGCAGGCAGGAGCGCUUGCACCAGGCCAGUCGGCCGUGGGCGCCUUCGACGAACAGCAGUUCCUGGAGCUGAUCAACGGCUCGGCGCUGUACCAGCGUGCCUGCGAGAUCGAAGCCAUGCUGGAGGCCGGUGGUGAAGCAGGGCAGGACGACAGCAAGAAAACGCUACCGUACGGAGCAAACUACAUCGACCAGCGUGAUGCGCAGUGGACGAACGUGGGCAGCAACACCGCCCUGGUCGAUAUCAAUCAGCUGACAGCGCGCAACUUUGUAGUGUACCAGUUCGGCACGUUCGUUGUACGUCUGCUGCGUCAGCGUGUCGGCACUCCGCAGAUCACAUUGCUGCUGGCUACCUCGCUACCUGCCAACGACUACUCUGGCAACGCGUUCCGUAACUCCUACCACUACAAGCCGGAGAACAAUGUGUUGUUUGUGCGUAAGGAGCGUAUGGACGAUGUUGGUGAGUUCACGCUGGUCAUCAUGCACGCCUUGGCUCACAUCGCGGUGGAGAAAAUGGAGGACGACGCCAACCCGCGCUUCCUGGACUUCCUCUACAAGGCGAUGCGUAUCUGCUGCACCGAUCUGUUCCUGACGCGCUCCAGACCGGCCGCUAUCGUGGCCCGUGGCAAGGCACGUGGCCAGACGGCCGACCUGGAGACGGUGUUCCGAGAACUGACGUCACGUGACGAGAAGACCGACCUGACUGAGGAGCUGGUCAACGUUAAGGUGGUGGCACCGACCGACAAGGAGUUCACUGAACAGGCGGUCAGUGAGCGCAUCAGUCGCUACUCUACACUGUCCAGCGCACAGGACAUCCAAGACCACGUGCAGGCGUCUAUGUCGGCAGCCACUGCGACCGUAACCGGUGACGACGGGGAGAUUGGCGACGACUUCAUCCGCGCUCGACUCGUUGAGCUGAGUCCCGCCACCACCGAUCAAAUGGACCUACCUCGACGACCGAGAAGCACCUUGAAGAGAAGCAAGUCCACCGUGUCCUCAGCGUCUCUGUUCACGCACAAGACGACGCGUCUGCACAGUGAACUGGACGAGCUCAAUGAGCAGAUGCUGCACAUCUUGCGCAACGUCUCCGAGCUGGAGGCACGCGGCCCUCCACCGGCCAACUCCGACGCCGAGAAGACCAUCAGGGGCUUGAAGCAGCAGCGCGAUGCCCUCAACCGCCGCAUCAACUCGCUGACGAAUGAGAUCGAACGCAAGGAGCGAUCACGGCAAGGGUAACACAUACAAUGACAUCUGCAAUACCUCAUCAUUCACAACAUACAAUGACAUCAUUCACAACAUACAAUGACAUCAUUCACAACCACUCUACGCAAACUAAUGUAGGAAAUAAUAAAAACACGAUUGGCUGUAGUGCAGCCUUUGCAAACUGUGAAGACCAUUGGAAACCCAUUAUGUUACCUCUAUGCUGAAAUUGCCAUAGGCAUAAUGUUUGAUAUUAAUACCUCACGAUCACGUAUAGAUAAUUCAAGAAUUCAUCUCCAGCACUUUUUCCAUGAUAGACAUGCAUUUUAGUGCCAUGCAACAGUAAAGUAUAUUAGUCGUAGCACUAACAGAUCUCUUGGAACUGCAUCUUUUCUAUACAAAACAUAUUGAACCUCUCUCAAAAUGAAAUUUUAUUUAUCAUGUCGCUCUAAAAUUCAUUUCUGCUGAACCUCACUAAUGUUUUGCGCAUAUCCAAGCAGCUUCUAUUUCCGAAUUUAUAAUUAUUUUGCAGAAUCCGACACAUGCUUGAUAUCAAAAUACACAAGCUUCUUGUUUUACCACCUGUGACAAGCAUGGCUUCUGCCGUGUGCUCUAGCAAUGAAUGCAAGCUGAUUGUGCUAAGAAUAAAGAACAGUUAUUACUCUC